UUGAUUUGGUGCUCAGUUCUGUCGCAGACCGCUAUUCAUUAAGAUUCAAUAUGAAUUUAUUUGGAAUUAUAGUAUAUGUUUGUGGAAUUUUGCUGAUAAUUCAGCCGCUGAAGGUGCUUCCUAAUGAAGUUCUUAUUGCAGAAUGGGAUUCUUUUGAUAAUGGUGUGCAUAAAACCAAAAAUGAUGGAAGACCACUAGAUUUUUGUAUGGAAGUUCAACCGGAUGGAUUUUGGCGUAAAUUUAUAACGAUUUCAACUUAUAACCAAUCAAUGCCUUUUACAUUAGCCACUCUAGAUGAUGGCAAUGCUACAGAGUAUGGUGCGGUUAUAAGACCUUAUCCUAAUAUGGAAUGGCACACAAGUGGUAAUUGUCGAGGCAUUGUUACAGCAACAAGUGUAGAGGUUGAAGAUGACUGCCGACGUUUAUGGGUAUUAGAUGGUGGACGCAACUUUACAUCUGAACAACAUUAUCAAGUAUGCCCACCCAAAAUAGUAGUAUUUGAUUUGGUACGAGAUGUUUCAAUAUUUCGUUAUGAAAUUCCCUUCAACCAAUACAGCACUUCUACAUCUAGUUUUAAUGUAAUCACAUUAGCGACAAGUCGUGCAUGUAAUGAGAGCAUUGCUUACCUUACAAACUCAGGCGAUUCAACAGUGACAGUCUUUAGCUUAGCUAAAUUUUCUUCACAUGUCGUGACUAGUGAACUAUUUAAACCUACGCGUCGAUUAACAACGCAAGAAAGUUUGUACAACGAUAUACUUGGAAUAUCACCAAAUCCAUUGGAUAGGCAAGUUUAUAUGCGUCGCUUUGAAUCGAAUAUUUUAAUGUCGAUUCCUGAAACAGUGUUACAUUUUGCACCCUUUUGGCAGCUUAAAUCGCUGAAGCCGUUGGCUGAGUCAUUUAUUAGGAAUAACGGUUACCAACCCGCACAUUAUACAGCGCUAGUUUCUGAUAAGAUGGGCAAUGUAUGGUGUGCGCAGGAAAAUGCUAUUGUUUGCUGGAAUCCUCGCAAUCUUGGAAGUCCCAAGCUAAUUUCUACAAAAGCUGUAGAUGUUCAUACAUUAAGUCAUGUGACUAGACUAAAAGCGGGAUAUGAUGACAUUUUCGGUUAUUUUAUAACAGGAAUAUCAAAUCUGCAUCAUAUAGAGAACCUGAGCACAAAAAGGAAUCAAAUGUUUAUGAUGCCAACUGCGAAUCUUAUUUAGAGAUAAUAAAGUUAUAUAAAACUAAAAGAAAGAAAAUUUAUUUAUAAAUUA